CCGGGAGCGGCGCCAUGGUGAAACCGCUGAGGGCUCGGGAUCCCGAUCGCGAUAUCGAUCCCGAUCCCAAUAUCGAUCCCGAUACCGCCGAGGGUCCCGGCCCCACGGUGAGCCCCCCGCUCUCCCCCCAGCCCGCUGCGGCGCCAGCCGACGGCUUUGCCUCCUCAGACGAUGAGGCCGCCGAAGAGGAGCCGAGCCCGCUCCACAUCUCCUGGUUGUCUUUGUCUCCUCCCUACUCUUCAGAGUUCCUGGGAUUAUGUUCCCUUCCAGGUUGCAGGUUUAAGGAUGUCAGAAGAAAUCUUCAGAAAGAUAUAGGAGAACUAAAGAGCUGUGGGAUCCAGGAUAUCUUUGUGCUUUGUACCAGAGGAGAGCUCUCAAAAUACCGAGUACCAAACCUGCUCGACACCUACCAACAGCACGGGAUGUGUGUGCACCACCACCCCAUUCCUGAUGGGAAUGCUCCUGACAUUGCCACCUGCUGCAAGAUCCUGGAAGAGCUCAGAACCUGCCUGGAAAAUAAGCAGAAGACAGUGAUACACUGUUAUGGUGGCCUUGGACGCUCAUGUCUUGUGGCUGCAUGUCUCCUGCUCCAGCUUUCAGACACCCUGGCACCUCAGCAGGUGAUAGAGAGCCUCAGGAACCUGAGAGGAUCAGGGGCCAUACAGACCAUCAAGCAGUACAAUUUCCUCCAUGACUUCCGGGAGAACCUGGCUGCACACCUGGCAACAAAGGACCCGGUGCUGAGAUCGGCAUCGCGGUAGCUGAUCCCAUCUGUGCCUGUGUGGAAAACUGGACAAGACACCCCCCUCCUGACCUUUCCUCAGUGCUACUGCCUGUGUGACUCAGCUGCUGCCUUCCAAAUCUAUGUGUAAAGUAUUGGGAUGGGGAAGGAAAUCCUAGAGAACAUGGAUAGGAACAAAGUCACCUCUUUGGUGACUUUAAUACUCACUGCCUGAAAAAUACAUGUACAAGUGUG